CUGAUACAAAUGUAUGCAACCCGAUCACAUCCUGAUCGCCCAUGUUCAAGUCAGGCCUUAGGGCUCUUUUCAUGUCUCCUUUCCUUAAAAAUCGUUGUGUGGAACUAUAUUAUCACUAAUUUUUAUUAUUAAAUAUCUCGAAUUCGAACAUGUCUUCGGGAAAGAAGGGUAAAAAAAGCAAAGGGAAGACAGUAGCGCUUCAUGAUUUUCUCGCCGAUUCCCCUGGCGGUCUUCCCAGCAUACCAUUGAAAUCAGCCAACUGGGCAGACGACAUCGAGGACGAACAUGAUGGAUAUAUGGCGAGAAGUAGCAAAGAACCUGUUAUCCUGCCAACGGCUCCGCGAGCCGCUCGAGAACCAGGAUUCAAUGAGGAAAAUAUUCCAACCAGUCCUCCAUUUGUUGCUUAUGUCUCAAAUUUGCCGUACGAUAUUGUUGAAGCCGAUUUGACUGACUUCUUCAUCGGGUUGAAUAUUUCCAAUAUGCGUCUUCCUAAAGAGUCCAACAAACUUAAAGGAUAUGGAUACGUUGAAUUUGACGAUAGACAGAGUUUGAUUGAUGCUCUGAACCUGACCGAUUCGACCUUGCAAAGCAGACGUAUUAGAAUCGAAAUUUCAAACAGCAGCAAUGAUGAGCGUCGAGGAGGAAGAAUGGGACGGGAUCGCAGAGAUGGUGGCUUUGAUGAUUCUGACCAGAGGAAUUUCAGUGACUGGAGGAGCGGUCCAAGAGACGAGUCCUCGUCGGAUUCUGAUCGAUACCGAGGAAGGGGAGGAUAUGAAAAUAGAGAUCGUGAUCGAGACCGCAAAGAAGAAGAUACGGACAAUACUCCAGGUGCUUGGAGAGUAGGUGGAGGAGAUAAAGGAAGGCCAUCAUUUAGAGAUAGGGGCAGUGAUGAUCGCGAAAGAGACUGGGGUGGUUCACGUUAUGGUGGAGAAAGAGGAAGCAGAGACAGAGAUGGCGAUCGGAACCGGGACCGCGAUAGAGGAAGUAGCUACGGAAAUCGACGCAAUUACGGCGGAGACUCCAACUGGGAAAGAGGACAAGUGGGAAAAGGCGAAAUUUCAGACUCUGAACCUCGAACGAGACCAAAAUUAUUAUUGCAACCGCGUACAAAGCCAGUGGAACAAAUUAUUGUGAAAGAGGAAAUAGAAAAACCAGAGGAACCUAGUACUCCACCUCCUGUCGCAGCAACUCCUGUACCAGCUGUCAAUAUUUUUGGUGCUGCCAAACCUGUGGACACAGCUGCAAAAGAAAGAGAAAUUGAAGAACGUCUUAAUAAAGCUGAAUCUAAAGCUAAAGAAGAGUCGGACCAAGACAAACGGAGUUUCAAGGAAGGAGGAGCUUGGGGAAAACGUAAUGGAGAGGGUCGUGAAGAAAAAGAGAAACCAAAAUUAAGGUGGAGAUCCGAAGACGAUAGAGGAAAACCAUCCGAAAGAAAAACUGAGAGACAAAAUCCGCCUUCUCGUCCUGAACAACAACGUGGAGAUUCUAGACCUCCGAUGACUUCGCGAGGUGGACUUUCUUCUCGAGGUCCUGCUAGACAGCCUGAUGCUAGACAACCGCCUCCUGAGAGAGAGCGUAAAGACAGAGACCGAGACGAAGAUGAAAUUAGCCGAAUGCCAAAGGCUAGAGAGGAGCAAGCGCCAAAUUUUGCGGCUUCCAACAAAUAUUCCAUGCUAACUGAUGAUAUGGAUCCUGAUAAUAGCGAGGAUUAAAAAUGCUCAUCUCUUGAAAUCGUUUCCAAUGAAAUUGUGCUAAUUACAAUUCUGAAGCGUCUAAAACAUAUAUACAUACUAUUACUAUACCCAAUUUAUUUUACAUUCACUGAAUACUUAUCUUAAACUGAUUCAUGAACAGGACGGGAAAUGCGAUCUAUUCCAUCUGAUGUCUAGCUUUCUUUUUCUUUUUUAUGAAAUUAUUGUUGAUUUGUAUUUAAACUAUUUUAUUAUUAUUAUUCUUAAUACAAUUACGGUACAUCUAUCUUUCCAUAUUGUUUUUUAUCAAUAUGCGUCAGUUAAUAAUUAUUGUUUAAAACAAAGGUUUUGUUUGUUUUUUUUUAAUUUUAUUUUAAGAAUUUUCCAAUUAUGUGGUCCGUCGAAAUGGUGACGAGGGAAUACAUUUUUACGCGAUGUACAGCACUUUAGAAAAUGAGCACUGUAUAUUAUAUACAAGUUAACUUUACAUAAUUAUGUAAAUGUAAAAUAAUCCAACGCCAAAAUAUGCAACUUUUUCUAGAGCUAAUUACAUUAUACAUAUUACCGACAGAGAAACCUGGAGAAUAAUUAUCUAUUCGCUGCUUGUGUUGUGAAUACAGUUGAUGGAUUUUUUUUAAUAUAAAUAAGAAUCAAUAGAACAUAA